AUGAAGGAAGGAAUGAAAUCCAAAAUCAAAGCAGAUAAAAUUAAACCACUUACAACACCAAAACCUCCAACGACAGUACCACCUCCUCCUUCAGUUAAUCCUUCAUCAUUCACUUUAUUAUAUCCAUUUCAAACAUUAAAGAAGCAAAAAGAUUUUAAAAAGGAUUUCAAGAUAUUAAAUAAACCAACUGACCCAAAAAUUCAACCGUUAAAGGAAAAAUUUAGUCGCCCUUCAUUUGCACCAUAUCCAUAUUCAUACGAAAUCGAUCAUCUGGAAUAUUCAAAAGGAAAAGUUACCUAUUUAUUUGCCAUUAACAUUAACACUAGAUAUUUAUAUUGCAUUCCGGUGAAAGGGAAAACAGAACAGGAAACAAGAAGAGCUAUACAAUACUUACUAGAUCAUGAAAGAGUAGAUAAUAUCAGGGGUGAUGGUGAUAAAGGAUUUCAGGCAGCUAUGGCUCAUUAUUUCCCACAAAUUAAUUUUUUCUUUUCAUCCUCUCCAUAUACGUUUCAUAAUAAAAUAGUUGAUGCGGUAAUGAGAACUCUUAGAGAUGCGUUAGGGGUUAACGGUCAGAUAUACUGGGAUGGAAAUCAUGACUCCAUCAUACAACAGUUAGUAUAUUAUUAUAAUAAUACAUGGCAUAGAACUAUAAACAUGAAACCAGUGGAAAUGAAAAAUGAUAUUUCAAAAGAAUGGGAAUAUAUUAGAAAGCAAAUGGAAAGGUUAAAUGAUGUUAAACGUGAACAAAUUAAUUCGGGGCUCAUGAAUUUUAAACAAGGGGAUAAAGUUUUGAUUCAUCUCGAUUAUGGAAAAACUGAUAAAUCAAUGACAAAAAGAAGACGAAGAUUUGACACAAUAGCUGAAUUCGUUAGAUAUAUUAACGGCAAUGCAUUAGUUGAAGUUGACAAUAAAUUAAUAGAAAUUCCGAUUUAUUUUAUUACUCCAUUAUAUUUAAAUAAUAUUUAA